AUCGCCUCUGCGACGCGCUUCACGAACAACCUAUGGCUCGACAUAGGGGCCUCGAGAGCUCUCUCUGUCAUCUACAGCUUCUUACUGUGAUCUCGCCAGAAUUCUGGAAUUCUUGAAUGUCUCGCCCCGCACCAUGGCAAAUCUGUGUGGCGGUCACCAUCGUUCUCACACUGGUUCUUCUCUCGCAAGACCAUGUCCCAGCGGCGAGCAUGUCGAACAUACAUCAAGUCUUCAGAGGCUCCAGCGCGGCGACGCGUCCCGUUGGGCGACUCAACCAAACCCUCGAUGGGAACGAGCUGCGGUAUCAAGCCGCGAUCCGUGAACGCAGGGAGUUCAUCUACAAGAUUGGUGGACUAGACCAGCCUGCUUUCCCGGCGCCCUUCACGGCCUUCUACACGCUCUGGGACCUCUAUGCACCGAUUUUCUCGUGUCCAUUCCAAGCAUUUCGUGUCGGGACCAUGGGCGAUGGCGGGAAAUGGGUGUGCGGUUUUGAGCGUGUUAUCCAACAAGACCGCUGUAUCGUGUACUCCAUGGGAGUGAAUCAUCAGUCAAGCUUCGAGCAGCAGAUUCUGAGGGGCUCGAAGUCAUGUACGGUCUAUGGAUUUGAUUUUUCCGUCUCUGAUUGGGGGCCAGAACUCGUCGCUGAUACCGCUGUCAAUGCGCGCGCUCAUUUCUAUCCCUGGAAGAUCACCGGAGUGGACAACCACGGUGCGGUGCCCAAAGAAUACUCGUUUCACGGUAUCAUGAAAGAAUUUGGGCACGAGUUUGUCGAUAUCUUGAAAAUCGAUAUCGAGGGAUCCGAGUUUGAAGUACUGGCAGCGAUUGUAGAGUCGUUCAAAGGGCAUCCGCUACCGUUCGGACAGAUGCAGAUUGAGAUUCAUGUUGGAUAUGCGCCCCGUAAGCACUCUGCUUCUCCGUAUGCUCCUCGGUCCAAACUGAGUGGUCUCGCAGAAACGGACACCAUUCGGACCUUUGACCGCUGGUGGACACUGCUUGAAGACGCUGGCCUUCGCCCGUUCUGGACCGAACCUAAUCUUCCCGAUAUCAACUUCCUUCGACGUGGACCGCCGGUUGUUGAGUGGUCUUUCCUGAAUAUCAGGGGACAUCAUGCAUUACUUGAUGACAGCCUUCCUGAUUUCCCCUGAGUGUUUAUCCUGUAGCUCGCGAUACCUGUCCCCCAUGUAUAAUAUUGUAUUGAGUACUCAAGAGUCGAGGUGUAGAAUAUACAUAAUCAACCCAUCAGUCCCAGCUAUGGCGUCGUGACCGUGAUCUGAAUCUUACUUCAAACCACCACCAUCUGAGUGCCCUCGCGUUUGGACCGUCGCGAUGCCUUCAUUCGCCGAAAUGCGCGAGAAGGCAGGUAAAGCCGCGAAUGCAACUGUCAAUUCGAUCCAGAAUACCAAGGACCGCCAUACUAGUGUAGCUAUGAAGAACACCAAUUGGAACCCUUACGACAAGACCCAGACUCCACCGCCGCCACCACCGCCACGGACUAACGCUUCGAGUAAGCCACAACCGUACUUCCCUCCCCCUCCCUCGCGCACCCAGUCCGCAUCCCCAUCCGCGCCCCCAUCCGCACCGCCUGUGCUGCCUCCAAGAUCGUCGCCCAGCCCGGCACUCCCCGCACGCUCAACACCAUCGCCGGCUAGAUCCUCAGGGCCGCCCCCCAUCGUGCGCUCGACUAGGCCCGGCGGUCCCUCCCAAGCUGCGCUCGCUCCUCCUCCUCCUCCUUAUUCAUCGUCGCCGCCGCCCCACCUUCCCGCGCGCUCUGUCGGAUCGCCGUCGCCGCAGCUGCCCGUGCGAUCCCCCGGGCCUCCGCCUCCUCCACCUUCGAGAUCCGGAAACAAAGCUGCGCCGCUUCGAGAAGUAGAGAGAGAAUCACCUGUGGCUGUCAAAAGCCCUGCGCCUUCUCUGCCUGUCCGGCGCAGCAAUAGCAUCGCUCCACCAUCGGAUACGACGAUUGAACCGCGGAUUGACUGGUGCAAUCUGUCGUCCGAGGACAAGGUGGAGUUCUUUGCUUGGCUGGACGAGUUCUUUUCUCGGCAUUUGGGGAGAAGGAUAGGGCCCGUUGGUACGUAGAUAGUCCUACAGUACUACGGGACCUUGCCUUAGUGGACAACCUGCUACAUCUGUAUCGUUUAAGUGACGGUCUGAGACGAACGUCAGGAUGUACGAGAAGAUGGGUCAAUUAGCAACUGCAUCAUCCUGUCCAUCUUUGCUUCCAUCUGAGCCAACUUGUCCUGCAUCCUCGUCGCGCUCUCCUCCGAACGUUGCUCGUUCCUUAACGCGUUAUCCUGAUACUUGGACAUCCGUUGUUCCAGUUCUAAGAUGCGGAUCUCU